ACGGGUGUUUUUGGCUCAAUAGAAGUCCCAGUUUUUCUUUUGGAAAGACAAGUUUAAAACGGCAGAUGUGUAUGGGAGGGAACUGUUUUAAACGGCAGUUCUAAUCUCCCAGCAGCUUCUUCAACGGUUCAAAUUCAAAAUCUACACUUUUAAAGAGUUGAGUUACUUCUCCCGUACCUGCACUAAAAAUGGAUAACUCAUUCAGUUCUGAUGAGAACUUUGACCUGGGUUAUCAACCCUCACCAUCUUCUAUCGAUCAGAACGAUCAAUCAGCUGCAGAAACUCCGGUUUACUCGACAAUGAGUGGUGAUUCUUUGGUGUAUUGCCGGACUUAUUCACAGACUUCAGGCUUCUCAGAUCCAACUGACGAUCACACCUGCUACUGCAGUGAACCUUCGCCCUCUCACUGGCCUGUUAACAAAUCUGGAGGUGCCAGUAAUCAUCCAGUUCUUACCAGGCUGGGAAUGAAACAGCACAAGAAUGAUAAGCUUGAUGACCAAGAAUCCGCAGAAGCUGAACUUGAGAUGAUGAAGGAAAGAUUUGCAAAACUAUUGCUGGGAGAAGACAUGUCAGGGAGUGGAAAAGGAGUCUGCACCUCAGUCACUAUUUCAAAUGCCAUAACUAAUCUCUAUGCCACUGUGUUUGGACAAAACUUGAGAUUAGAUCCUCUGAAUCUGGAAAAGAAGGCGAUGUGGAAGCGAGAAAUGGAAUGUCUCCUUUCUGUAUGUGAUUACAUAGUGGAAUUCAUUCCUAAGUCGGGAAAUUUAGGUGAUGGAGCUAUUGUUGAGGUAAUGGAAAGUAGGCCAAGAGCGGAUAUAUACAUCAACCUUCCUGCCUUGAAGAAGCUUGAUGCAAUGCUCAUAGAAAUACUAGACAGUUUCCAGAAUAAAGAAUUCUGGUAUGCAGAACAGGGUAGCAUGUCGUCAAAUUCAACUCGUUCAGGCUCGUUUCGAAGAGUUAUUGUUCAGCGAAAAGACGAGAAAUGGUGGCUGCCAGUUCCCUGUGUGCCCAAAGUAGGUCUUUCAGACAAGUCAAAGAAACAUCUGAGACACAAACGUGACUGUGCUUACCAAAUUCACAAAGCUGCUAUGGCCAUUAAUAGUAGUGUUCUUGCUGAGAUGGAAAUUCCAGAUUCAUAUAUGGCAACCCUUCCUAAGAGUGGGAAAUCAAGUCUCGGAGACUCAAUCUACCGGUACUUGUGCUCCCCAGACAAAUUCUCCCCAGAUUAUCUGCUUGAUUGUCUCAACAUCGCAUCUGAACAUGAAGCUCUUCAGCUUGCAGACAGAGUUGAGGCUUCUAUGUACACUUGGCGACGCAAAGCAUGCAUAAGCCACUCAAAAUCAUCAUGGGACAUGGUGAAAGAUCUCAUGUCUGACACAGAUAGAAUCGACAAGAACCAUUUUUUGGCUGGAAGAGCAGAGAGCUUGUUGUUUUGUUUGAAGCAGAGGUAUCCAGAGUUGUCACAGACAUCUUUGGACACCUGCAAGAUCCAGUACAACCGGGAUGUGGGACAGGCAAUCCUUGAGAGCUUUUCAAGAGUCUUAGAAGGGUUAGCAUUCAACAUUGUAGCUUGGAUUGAAGAUGUUCUUUAUGUAGACAGGACCAUGAGAAAUCAAGAUCAAUAAUACCUGCUACCUAGUUUCAUCUAUCUACCCAACAAGUUGAAGCAACAUAAUAAAUUAGCAAGAACAUAACCCCGCCUAUGAACACAAAAUCUAGAGAAUCAGACCUGAAAAUUACGUGCUUCUUUGCAUGUGUUUAGAGCUUAGUUGCUGUUAAUUGUCAUCAAACUUGUAAAUGAAAAGCCACUAAGACAGAAUCCAGAAUAUCUCCAGGAUUCUUCUGCUUUCAGUAUCAGACUAUUAUGAUUA